AUGGCAGAGGACCAACCACAAUUAACCGUUAAGCUAGCAAACAACCCACCUAAUGGAGAUAAUGCAGAGUACACAGAAAGUGGUAAUACUAUUCAAGUCAAAAGAUGUCAUUAUCCUCCUGACAAACAAUCUGCUGCGAACUUUUACGAGUACAAACAUACCCUAAAAGAUUCUGGAGCACAAAAAUUCACACUCCAAAAAGUACUAGGCGAUAAUGGUAAGCUUAUUCAAAUAAUUUUUCCUAAACAACAAGACAGUAUUCCCAAUGUCUUAUCUGUUUCAGCUUAUUACUGGAAACAUGAAAAGGGCGGUGGUCAUACGCCUACUAAGGUUCUCAUGAUAGGAGUUACCACAACCGGUACUAAGGAUGAAACUAAAGCUGCUGGUGAUGAUAAUACAACUACCUAUUAUGCCAAGAGGGGUGGUGAUCCUAAAUGGCAUCGAUUUACUUUCGGUUCUAACCUCUCAGAAGAACAAGUUGAGGCUCAGCUUGAUUACCGUAACUGUCACCAUAACAGAGCGGUAACUAUUAAUCUUUACUUUGUUGUAUCUCAGAACGGUCCCAGUGAUGGAAAAGGAAAUAAAUAUUGUUGCUAUUAUCAUUACCAUAGAGGUGCUGAAAAGGUGACUGUUGAGCAAAAGACAGUUUCCUGUAAUACACAUCGCACAAGCCCUAUUCCAUACUUAAAACACACUAUUACAGAUGGCAAAUAUAGUCUUGCAGCUAUAAAGUUCGAUAGUGGUGGGCGUAAUGGUAAAAGGAAGAGUAUAACGUUAAAUGGAGCACAAUUUCCCAUUUCCGGUGUACAGAGUGUCUCUGCACUUUACUGCAAAGAUGGUAUUCCAAAAGUGAUAUAUGUUGAAGGUGGAACUGAUGGAGUUAAUGGUAAGUGGUUUAAGAAAGAUAAUGGUAGUAGAGAAUGGACACCAGUUACAAACCUCCAAGGUAAAACACCGGAAACCAUUAAUAACUCUAGUGAUGGCAAAUAUGAAGAACUUGUGAAGACACUGACAGGUACAGGCAUUGGACAUGCUCAUUCUUCUGUUACUAAUUCUCUAUUAGCACAUUCUGUUAAUACAAUUACUACUACCUUUCCCCCUCUUAACUUUCUCCAUUUAUUUUCUGAAGAGACUGCAUCUCAACUUCAACUAGUCUCUUCUGAUGAUGAAUCUGAAGGUAAUGGACUUGGUCCAGGAGAUAAUACCACUGCCAUAAUAGCAGGAACCGUUGGUGGGGGAAUAGGGACGGGACUUGUUGGUGUUGGUAUAUGGAAGGGCCCCGCUAUACUUGCACGACUAAUCGCUCGCCUGUAA